AUGGACAACUCACCGCGAAUCCUCCUCUUUGGAGCUGGGAGUAUUGGCGCCGUCUAUGUGCUCCAGUUGCAGCGCGCUGGAUGUCAAGUCACAGCGGUGUGCCGGUCGAACUAUGAAGCUGUAAAGCAGAAUGGCUUUAGGCUGCUGAGCAAGCGAUAUGGCAAUGUGCAGUUCCGUCCGGACCUGGUUGUCAGAAGUGCAGCAGAGUGUCCAGAGGAUAUCACCUAUGAUUUUGUCUUCAUUGCGACCAAAUCGUUCCCUGGAUCGACGCCGUCGUUGAGCGACUUGAUCCGGCCUGUUGUCCGCGGUCGACCUCAGACUGCCAUUGUGCUCGCUCAGAAUGGUAUUGCCAUUGAGGACGAGGUGUCCAGGGCAUAUCCAGAUAAUCCACUUCUCAGCUGUGUCGUCUACCUGCCUGCGACGCAAACAGAGCAAGGCGUGAUUGAGUAUCCCGAGAUGCUGAAUCUCCUCGAGAUUGGCACCUUUCCCUCUACCGCCCCGGAAUCCCACAAGGCGGCUGCGACCAAGUUGGCAGAACUAAUGAUCGCCGGUGGUGGCCAAGCCGAAGUCCAUGACGAUAUUCAAGUCGCUCGUUGGGGCAAGAUCAUGAUGAAUUGUGCUUGGAAUCCCAUCUGCGCUCUUUCAAUGUCCACCGACGCGGAUUUCUUACUCUCAUCAACCCCUUAUGCUUACGACCUGGUGUGGUCAAUCAUGAAGGAAAUUAUAGAGCUGGCCAAGAAGAUGGGCAUUCCAAAUGUGAACGAGAAAGUCGCGGAGCAGAAGCUGGCUAUUGGCAAACGGCGAGCGGAAACCAGGCAGGGAAGAGAGGUGAGUAUGCUGCAGGAUGUCAAGCAAGGCCGACUGUUCGAGGUGGAAGCAAUCGUGGGCAACACUGCUCGUCUAGGGCGUCAAUGGGGAGUCGAGAUGCCUCUGACAGAGAUGCUGUACGCAUUGGCCAAAGCAAGAUUUGACGCCUUGGUGCGCGAGCAGAAUAGAGAAGUCACCCAAUGA